GACGGUUAAGUUUGACAGAAAAUAUGUUGAAAUAAAUGUAAUGGUUAUUUUAAGCAAUUUGAUCAUUAAUAUUCAACUAUAAAUACAUUACAUAAAUAAAAAGAAGAAAUCAUUUUAAGAUUUUGUAAUGUCUUCCAAAUUUUUUUCUUUUAUAGAUUUAAUGUAAAAUAGUUGUUCCCUAAUACUAUUGAUGAUCUAAAGUGAAAAAAUGCAUUUCAUGUCGAAAGCUCGUGGAGUUUUUAAAUUAUAUCAAAAACUUCUUAAUAAUCGACCUUAUCUUGUACAAGCCAUUCAAGCUGGAACGCUAAUGGGCGCUGGCGACGUUAUUUCACAAACUUUAAUAGAAAAUAACAGUUUCAAUAAUAUUGAAUAUAAAAGAACAUUAAAAUUCUCAAGUAUCGGUUUUUUUGUUGGCGGUCCAGCCUUACGUGCGUGGUACGGAUUAUUAAAUAAACAUGUUGGAGCUAUUGGUAAAACAGUCGCUAUGAAGAAAGUAUUUGUAGAUCAAGUUAUAUUUGCACCAGCAUUUUUAUUUUUAAUUUUAGUCGCUAUAGGUACACUGCAAGGGAAAUCUUGGGAGUCUAUAAAAAGUGAUGUGAAUGCCAAUUACUUUGAUGUCUUAAAGACAAAUUAUUAUAUUUGGCCUUGGGUUCAGCUAGCUAAUUUUUAUUAUAUACCUCUUCAGUAUCAAGUACUAAUUGUACAGUCAGUUGCACUUUUUUGGAAUACUUAUUUAUCCUGGAAGACUAACCGUAAAAGGCUAAUGGAAUAGAUGGUUUAAAUAUUACCACACAUUUUAAAUUAUGAUUUUAUUGUGAUACAAAAGUAGCAAAUGUUCAAAAACUACAUACUUUUAGCCCAUAGACUAGGUGCUAACUAUAUGCUUCUUGCCCCCCCUAGACUAGGGAUAACUUAGAAAUAGCUUAGCAAUAAAUUAUAUCUUUAUUCUUAUGCUAGAAUUUAUAACAAAAACAAUAUUUUUAUUAUAAAAUAUUUCUUAGUAUUGAAAAGAAACCUUUCUAAACAUUUAAGUAAUAAGGAUGUAAAACUUCCUUUAGGUUCUUUAAUCUCAAAAUGCAAAUUUUUUUAUCUAUCAGUAAUAGUAAUUUACUUCUUAACCUAUUAGAAGGAGCUCAUUAACUUUGUGUUAUUUAGUAAUUGGUAUAACUAGAAUACUACUUACGAAGGAUCAUCUUUCCUAAGGAUCUUUAUUUAUUUAUUUAUUUAUUUAUUUAGUAAGAACCACCAACAGAAUUACAUGUUUAAGAAAAAUUAUAUUAAAAAAAAUUAUAUAUUAUCUUCUGGUGAAGUAAUGAAAAAAGAUUAUUAUCCCUAGUUGUGGCCAUGAUUUUAAGCUCUCACUAAAAUUACACUAUUUAAAAUAAUGAGAUCAUAUUUUUUUUAAAUGUGAUUUUAGUUAUGUACAGACACUCAAAAUAUUGAAGUUCUAGUAGAUUAAUAUAAAUCGUUUAGGUACUUUAUAUUGUUAAUGCUAGAAUCAUUUUGAAAAUGUAAACUUUUAGUUCUAAUAAUAAAUCAAAUAAAAAACAGAAAUUA